AUCCUCACAAACUCCAACCUCCCCGCCGUCCAAUCCGCCGACAUCAUCCUCCUGGCCUGCAAACCCUACAUGGUCAACGAACUCCUCUCCGAACCCUCCCUCGCCCCCUCCCUCAGUGGUAAACUCCUCAUCUCCAUCCUCGCCGGCGUAACCGAAACCCAGCUCUCCCAAACCCUCACCACCGCCAACGGCGGCCAGCCCGUAAACUGCCAAAUCGUCCGCGCAAUGCCAAACACUGCCUCCCUCAUCAGGGAAAGCAUGACCGUCAUCGGAAUCAGCAACCCCCCUCUUGACCCCGAGACGAUGGGGACGGUUACCUGGAUUUUCAAGCGGAUUGGCGAGGUGGUCUACCUUCCUCCGUCAAACAUGGAUGUUUGCACUUCGCUGUGUGGGUCAGGGCCGGCUUUUUUCGCGUUGAUGCUUGAGGCUGCUAUUGAUGGGGCUGUUGCGAUGGGUUUGCCGAGGGCGGAGGCGCAGAGGAUGGCUGCGCAGACUAUGAAGGGGGCUGCGGGGUUGGUGCUGAAUGGGGAUCACCCUGCGUUGUUGAGGGAUAAGGUUAGCACGCCGGGGGGGUGCACCAUUGGGGGGUUGUUGGUUCUGGAGGAGGGGAGGGUGAGGGGGACGGUUGCUAGGGCUGUGAGGGAGGCGACGGUGGUGGCUAGUCAGUUGGGGCAGGGGGUGCAGGGGGUUAAUGGGACGCGGUUUCCUGGUAAUAACUUCCAGUAG